GGUAAUGCAUAGGAUAUCCAGCCGAAAAGGCCUUCAACAUCGUCUUUCUAUCUCGGAAAUGUCUGAGAGUAUAGUAAUCGCACCUCGAAUCUCGGGUUACCCUCUCACCGUCGCUGUCUGACCGAUUGUGCAUCCUCGGAAGCACUACACGACGGAAUGUUUCCGCUCGCUCCACCCCUCUCUCAACCCCCAUGUAAGACUCCAUUACUGCAGCAGCUUGGCUGUAGUAUUUAAUUGUCGCACUUUGAGUAUGCGUCAUUGAACCUCGUUGCUGUACAAAGAUAACAUCGAAUUCAUCUCUGCACUGAAGACUUGCCAGCAAAUAGAACAAUGUCGAAACCAGCAGGCGAUAGCACCGCCUACAUCAACGCUGUGGUAUAUACCCUGGACAUCUCAAAUCCACGGGCGUCUGGUUUCAUUGUAUCCGACGACGGCUUCUUCACGCAUGUCGGAUCUACACAUGAUAUUCUAUCUGUAGCGAAGGAAUCUCGUCUGGUAAUUGUGGAUCUGAAAGGUUGCUUCACGAUGCCUGGCAUUCACGAUGCACACAUGCAUCUCCUGUUCUCCGGACUGGGCCUUACAUCGAACGCGACCAUUGAUAUGGAUGCCACCCACCUCAACAUCGCCGAGAAAGUCAAACAUGGAAAUUGCGCCUGCGAAUACAUCAAUGUGUACCAGGACUGGUUAUUGGCCAGCGCCUACAACAACCAGGGUUUCCCUGAUGGCAUCGCAGACCGCAAAUACCUCGACAAGCUGUUUCCCGACCAGCCUGUUGUGGUUUCAGGAGGUGCAGCUCACGCGAUGUUAUUGAAUACUGCAGCUUUGAUUCAAGCAGGCUACGAUGUCGACAACGAGCCCGACACACAUGGCGCCAAGUUCUUUCGCAGACCGGAUGGCAGUCUUACAGGGGAACUCGCUGAAAGCGCAAUGGCAAAGGUUGCUCUUGCCAUCCCAGCCCCCAGCCGCUCACAUGUCAAGCGUGCGUUAAAGCAUGCCAUUCGGCUUGCUCACAAGGCUGGCGUGACUAGCACUCAGGAAGCAAGCUCCAACACUAUCCUACUGCAAGUUCUGAACGAGAUGGAAAGGGAAGGCUCUUUACGGCUCGAUGUGUCCACCCAUAUUGUGCACGAGAACGAAUGGCUCGCCUCCGAGAGCACAGAGAGCCUCCAGAGAUUACUGGAAGUCGCCGAUCAACAUUCAAGCAAACACAUUGAUACUCGUUUUGUCAAGGUCAUGAUGGACGGUGUGCCGCUUCCGCCACUGUUCACACAUGCAGGCUUGAACGAGCAAGGAGAUAUUGAUCACAGUAUGAUCAUACCAGAAAACGUUGCAGACGCUAUACUCAAGUACGAUAAGAAAGGACUAACAGUGAAGAUUCAUUGUACUGGAAAUGGAGCGACCAGACAUGCACUUAACGCUAUUGAAGCCGCAAGGAAGAGUAAUCCAGACGGACCUAGGCAUGAGAUUGCGCACAAUUCGGGGGUUCACGAUGAUGACUUCCAGCGCUACGCUCCUCUGAACGUCACUGCCGAGAUGUCACCUGCCGAGCUCUUUGUGCAUCCAGUCACCGCUGGCAGUCAGGGUCUGAUGGACUGGAACUUCACCAAGAUGAUGGAUGCUGGUGCCCACAUCACCAUUGGGUCGGAUUGGGGCGCAGUACCGGACCCGUCACUUUUCGAGCACAUGGCAAACAUCGUCGACGUGGUCGGCAGGGGCGAUCGGUCGGCAGGCGGAGAAGCCUUGUGCCGAAUGAUGACGCUUAACGGUGCCAUGGCCGUAGGCAGGGAGAAGGAGCUAGGCAGCAUAGAGAUCGGGAAGAAGGCAAAUUUCAUCGUCACGAGUCAAGAUCUCAGCAAGGGCGAGUUCAAGGGUGCGAAGGUUAUACGGACAUACUUUGAAGGGGAGAGAGUUUGGGAUGCCAAUGUUGGAUAAUUGAAGAUCCAUCUUACGUAGAUGUGGAUUUUUUGUGAAAUGCACAAGACUAACGGGCUGCUUUCUAAUUCACUGGCAAAGCAUGUUGACGCAUAAAACCG